GAGUGCAGCCAAUUCGCUCACUACCCUUUAAUAAAGCCAAACACCAUCAGUUCUACAGGGCUGCAGUUCUCACAACUGCUUUCAAGCUGCUGUUGAUGACUCUUGCUCACUGUCUGAAACAGAGAUGGCACAAAUGGGAUUUCUGAUUUUCCUCCUUGUUACCAUCCUUUUGCUGGAUCAAACAACUGGCCAGUCUGCCCAUUCCAAAGCCAGAAAACAUAGCAAACGGAGGGUUAAAGAGAAAGACGGUGACCUAAAGAGUCAAAUUAACAAGCUUUGGCAAGAGGUAAACUCCCUGAAAGAAAUGCAAGCACUGCAGACAGUCUGUCUUCGUGGAACGAAGGUCCAUAAAAAAUGCUACUUAGCAUCCGAGGGUGCCAAACAUUUCCACGAAGCAAACGAAGACUGCAUAGCCAAGGGGGGGACGCUUGCUAUCCCCAGAGAUGGCGAUGAAACCAACGCUCUCCGAGAGUACAGCAAGAAGAGCUUGUCAGGUGUGGCAGAUUUUUGGCUGGGUGUCACUGACAUGGUAAACGAAGGGAAAUUUGUUGAUGUCAAUGGAAUGGUCCUCAACUACUUCAACUGGGACCGGUCACAACCCAAUGGAGGAAAACGGGAAAAUUGUGUCUUGUUUUCACAGUCAGCUCAAGGAAAGUGGGUGGAUGAAGUCUGCCGUACUGUCAAACGAUAUAUUUGUGAAUUCCUGAUCCCUUAAUCACAGCUAGGUCUACUUCCUUCUUUCAGUUUUGAAAGACAUAUAUGGUAGGGAUGCAGUUUGCAGUCGUCACCAAGCUUCACAACAAAUCCAGAGUCAGGGUACACACUUUCAGGUAAUUAGUUUUGUAUGGGGCAGUCAAAAUAGCCUUUAGUCAUGACGGAUUGUUGAGUUCAAGUGUAUACCUCUUGAUAAUCUUUCCUGUUUACUAAAACGGCAAACCUCUCUUUUAAAGCAGAUACUUCCUCUAUUAAUUAAUUUUCCAUUCAGUUGCAAUUCCCUGUGUGUUCCAUUGCUGCAAGAAAAUCAAUGCUCUGCUUUGAGCACUGCUAAUGUCAUAAACAGAGGUGAUAGGACAACCAACAUGGAAUUGAUUGCGCUGUUAGUGGUAGAUCCACUAUUUGAUCCUAGUUAGUAUCCCAGCACUGAAGGGUUAAUUACAGGGUAGCUGCAUCCCAAGAUUUAUAAUGGACUGCUCCGACUGCAGGACAGAGGGAAUGUGAGGUUUUGCUGUAAGCAUAGAUACAGAGAUAUUAAAUCCUCAUCAGUCUGGCUUCUUAAGCACACUUCUUAUUUCCAAGGCUCCUAUGACAUCAGGCCACAGGCCACAAACUACUCUUCAAAGCUUGUUAUAAUUAAAAGUGUCCCUGCUAUCAACAUAUAUAUAUAUAGUGAGUGGGAUGAAUACUUCUCUGACAUGUAACUUCCCAUCGUGCUUUAUAUCUAACACAUUUGAAUAUCUCCACUCUUUGCAUGAUUUACACAUUUCAAUAAAGUUAUUUUUCAAAAGCACAAGAGCUGGAUG